AUGGUAAUAUCAACAGCGUCAUCACCCACUAUUUUAAUCAGACGAUCAAAUUCUGAUACUAUCAUUGGAAAACGGGAUCGUCGUCAUCGUGUACCAGCUCAAGAAAUCGUACAAAAUUACCUUUUGAUUUGGCUUGAUGAAAAAAUCGAUAGAUCCACCGAUGAUUUCCGCAAUUCGAUCAGACAACUUCGACGAACAGUAAAUACCAUUGAAGUAUUUCAUGAUACAGAUGAAUGUAUUGGCUACAUGUCACAACUUCAAAAUGAAAACUCAUUUCUUAUUAUCGCCGGUUCUCUAUGCGAAAGUGUAGUGCCACGUAUUCACAACAUGACUCAACUUUAUUCAAUUUAUGUCCUUUGUCAGAAAAAAGCCAAGUAUGAAGAAUGGGCCAAAAAUUGGUCAAAAGUAAAAGAUAUUUUUGUCGAAAUCGAUUCUAUCUGUGAAUCAGUUCGUCAAACAGCGCGAGAAUGUGACGAAGAUUCUAUCGUCAUUUCUAAUCAAAUCGAACCAUCAUUCAUGUAUACACAACUAUUCAAAGAAAUUAUUCUAGAAAUCGAUUUCGAUGAACAGAAAGAAAUCAAUGACUUAGUCGAGUAUGCUGGCAAGAAGUAUGCUGACAACGAAAAAGAAUUGAAAGUUAUCGAUGAAUUCGCUCAAAAAUAUCAAGGUCAUUUAGGUGGAAACAACCAGCCCAUUUCGUGGUACACACGUGAAUGUUUCAUGUAUCAUAUGGUUAACAAAGCUCUGUGUACUUUACAAGUUGAAACUCUUCUUAAAAUGGGCAUGUUUAUUCGUGAUCUACACCAAAAUAUUCAAAAACUUCAUUCUGAACAAUUUUAUCAAAUACAAAAUGACUCAUCAAUAACAACACUGAUAGUGUACCGUGGUAAAACCAUGAUGGAAGAAGAUUUUAAAGAGAAAAUAAAACAAGGUGUCCUUAUGUCUUUUAAUAAUUUCCUGUCUACCAGUGAAGAGCGAAAUGUUGCCAUGGGCUUCAUUUCUAAAGGGCUGAAAAAAUCUACUCCUGACAACAACAAAAUUGGCGUUCUAUUCAAAAUGAAAAUCGAUCGAUCGAUUUCAUCGGCUUCGUUUGCUCGCAUCGAUGACAUAAGUCACUUCGAGACAGAAAAAGAAGUUCUCUUCUCUACACAUACAGUUUUCCGCAUUCAGCAUAUCACAGAAAUCAGGAUGAUGGAUACCGACGCGAAGAAGAUAUGGCAAGUUGAACUUACACUUACCAAUGGAAGUGAUGACGAACAACUCAGUGCUCUAACCGAAAAAAUAAGAGAAGAGAUCACUGGAACAGGGUGGCAAACAAUGGGUUGCUUGUUAUGGAAACUAGGUGCCAAUGACAAAGCCGAAGAGGUCUACAAGAUGUUACUUGCUCAAGCAUCCAAUCAAAGCGAUAAAGCGUAUUGUUACAAUGAACUUGGAUUGAUCAAGACGGAUCAAGGAGACUACCAAAACGCAGUUGAAUUUUUGAAAAAAACACUUGAUAUUUACGAGCAAACUCUAACUCCAAAUCAUCCCGACCUGGCUACUUCCUACAACAACAUUGGGUGGGUGUAUAACAACAUGGGCGAGUACUCAAAAGCACUUUCAUCGUACGAACGAUCACUUGAAAUUCGGAAAAUAGCUCUCCCUCCGACUCAUUCUGAUUUCGCUCAAUCCUACAACAACAUUGGUUUGGUGUAUAACAACAUGGGUGAAUAUUCGAAAGCACUUGAAUUUCACGAAAAAGCAUAUAAAAUCAGAGAAAAAACUUUACCUCCGAGUCAUCCGGAUUUGGCUACUUCCUUAGACAACAUUGGUGGAGUGUAUAGCAACAGGGGCGAGUACUCAAAAGCACUUUCAUCGUACGAACGAUCACUUGAAAUUCGGAAAAUAGCUCUCCCUCCGACUCAUUCUGACUCCGCUCAAUCUUACAACAACAUUGGUCUAGUGCAUAACAACAUGGGUGAAUAUUCGAAAGCACUUGAAUUUUACGAAAAAUCACAUCAAAUUUACGAAAAAGCUCUGUCUCCGAAUCAUCCGGAUUUUGCUACUGUCUUCAGCAACAUUGGUCUAGUGCAUAACAACAUGGGUGAAUAUUCAAAAGCACUUGAAUUUUACGAAAAAUCACAUCAAAUCUACGAAAAAGCGCUACCUCCGAAUCAUCCGCAUUUGGCUACUGUCUUCAGCAACAUUGGACUAGUGCAUAACAACAUGGGUGAAUAUUCGAAAGCACUUGAAUUUUACGAAAAAUCACAUCAAAUCUACGAAAAAGCGCUGCCUCCGAAUUAUCUAGAUUUGGCGAGUUCCUUCAGCAACAUUGGUCAAAUGUAUCAGAACUUGGGUGAAUAUUCAAAAGCACUUGAAUUUUACGAAAAAGCAUAUAAAAUCAGAGAAAAAACUUUACCUCCGAGUCAUUCGGAUUUGGCUGUUAGUCGUUUGAAUUUCGCUGCGUGUUACGAGAAAAUGGGCGAUUAUUCGGAAACUCUUGAAGCACUUCAAACCGCUUUACAGAUUCAGGAGAAAGUAUUUGAAGAAGGUAAUCAAGCUUUUACUUCAACGUAUAGUCUGUUUGGAAGAGUAUAUCGCAAUAUGAAGGAAUACUCAAAAGCACUGGAUUACUUUCAAAAGUGCCUCGCAAUAGAGCAAAAAACAUUACCAGCAAAACAUCCGCACCUUGCACUAACAUAUAGUAAUAUUGGUGAUGUUCAUCGACUUGAGGGUUGUUAUGAAAUGGCACUUCUCUUUCAUCAGAAAGCAUUAAAUAUUCAAGAAAAUAGUCGAUGUAAUCCUUUGGACUGCGCAACAACGUAUGUGAAUUUAGGUGAAACGUAUCGUGAAAUGAAAGAUUAUACAACAGCAAUGACAUAUUAUCAAAAAGGAAUGGAAAUUCGUGAGAAGAAACUGGGAAAAAAUCAUCCGGAUUUAGAUAUAAUCUAUCAUAAUUUGGCGAAAUUAUAUUUGAUUACUCAACAGUAUAGUAUGGCAAUGAAAAAUGUUCAACAAGCGAUUAAAAUAGGAGAAGAGAAGUUGCCAGGAAAUCAUCCUCAUCUUGUGGACUACAGAGAAACAUUAGAAAAAAUUCGAAAGAUGUAA